AUGUCUGCGUGGGGAAACUACACUCCUGGUGCUGCCAGCAGUUAUGGUGACAAAGGAAAAGGCAAAGGAAAGAACAUUUGGAGAGGAGAAAGGCUGCCUGACAUCACCUAUGCUGGUGAGACGUUGUCCUCCUGCCGAAAGGACAUCUACAACAAACACCCAACCGUUCGAGGCUGGGAUGCUCAAACAGUCCAUCUCAUUCGGUUGGCCAACAACAUUGAAAUCCUCGAGGAAGAUCGUCCUGUGGACGUCUUGGCACCGGUGAACACCUUAGACGUGUCGAGUUUGCCAGAAGAAUCCAUCAAGUCAUUGAGAAGAGACAUGAAGAUUGAAACGCCCUCGCCCAUUCAGAUGCAGGUGUGGCCUGCUGCCAUGAGUGGCCGCGACCUCAUUGGAGUGGCUCCCACAGGCAGUGGCAAGACAUUGGCCUAUCUGGUGCCAAUGUUCGAGCACUGCAAGGCGCAGGUGGGAGCGAUGAGAAACGAUGAAGACUGCGGACCACAGGCCCUCAUUUUGGUACCGAAUGCGGAUUUGGCACGGCAGAUCAAACGCACCUUUGAGAACACCUGGAGAGCAAAUCAGCUCCUGAAGAUGGAGCUGAUUAUCCCAGGCGAAAAGCGCGAAAACUACCGGCCCUGCGAAAUCCUGGUAGCCUCUCCAGGGAGAUUGUUGGACUUCCUAAGGCACAAUGAAAAGACAAAGUCCGGUUUCCUGCGAAAUUUUUUCAGACGCACCACUUUCGUUGUUGUAGAUGAAGCAGACUCUCUGAUGGUCAAGGAGAGGGACAGGGACGGUGAGCAACACACUUUUGAGAUUUUGAAAUCUUUGAGGAGCGACAUACAGAUGUUGUAUUUCACAGCCACCUGGGACGAUCAGUUGCCCAUGGAGAUCAACAAGAUCUUCCCGAGGAAUGGCGAGCGGCCCAUGCCGAGGGAACCGCUACUCAGUGUGAUCGUCAAUGGAAAGACGCUGUCUGCUUGCAAGAAUGUCCAGCAGAUCUUCCUUCGACGGAACGGACCAGAUCUGGACAGAGAUCCAAGAAGCAUGUUUCUCAACAAAUUCUGGAAGCAAGACAGCGGAAAGAAUGACGCCCUUCACAACUUGCUUUACUGGGCGAUUCAAGACGGUCAAAAGCGAAACGAUGUCGGCAACUCCAAGAUCUUAGUCUUCACGAAUGCCAAGGAGACGGUGGCGCGCCUGACGGACCUCUUGAAGGAGAAUGACCAUCCAGUGGUGGGUCUCACAGGUGACACCUGGCAAGGCGACCGGAACAGGAUCGUCAUGGAUUUUGCAGAUCCAAACAAGACGGACAAGCUGAUCCUGGUGACUACCGACAUGCUAGGCCGUGGAAUCGAUUUCACAACCUGCAGGUGCGUGAUCCUCUACGAGUUUCCACACCACAGGAACGGAGUCCGCGAAUAUGUGCACCGAAUCGGUCGAACGGGGCGAGCCGGAAGGGAGGGAUUUGCCGUGACGUUGUUGGAUGAGCACGAGGGCGACUUCCGACAUUGCAAGGAUAUCACGCAGGUCUUGGAGGCCUCGGAGCAGGAGACCCCCAGAUGGAUGGUAGAGGAAAGCUACAGUCACAAGAAACAUCUCCAAACCUACUGGCGACGACAGGACCAGCUGAGGCGCGAGCGAGGACCAGAAGACCGCGAAGAUCCGGCUGAGACGGCUAAUGGAGCAGAGGCAUCCCAGACAGAGCAGGGCGGCGAGGCAUAUGGAAACGCUCACAAGGAAGGCAAAGUUCCCUGUUCGCCAUACUAUUGCCUGGAACGACUGCUGGAAGAACUCGGUGCUUCGUUCUUACCAAGCCUCGAAAAAGAGAGGCAAAUGCCUUCGGUUUUCUGA